GGGGGGCCGGGGCGCUGCGGCGCGUGCGCGAGCGGUGCCGCACCGGCCGCGGGAGCGGGAGUAUUAUGGGCUGUGGGUGCCGCUGAGCAAGAUGGAGCUGUCUGCAGUGGGCGAGCGGGUCUUCGCGGCCGAAUCCAUCAUCAAGCGGCGGAUCCGCAAGGGACGCAUCGAGUACCUGGUGAAAUGGAAGGGGUGGGCGAUCAAGUACAGCACCUGGGAGCCCGAGGAGAACAUCCUGGACUCGCGCCUCAUCGCAGCCUUCGAGCAGAAGGAGAGGGAGCGUGAGCUGUACGGGCCCAAGAAGAGGGGACCUAAGCCCAAAACUUUCCUGCUGAAGGCCCGGGCCCAGGCCGAGGCCCUCCGCAUCAGUGACGUGCAUUUCUCUGUCAAGCCGAGCGCCAGCGCCUCCUCGCCCAAGCUGCACUCGAGCGCCGCCGUGCACCGCCUCAAGAAGGACAUCCGUCGUUGCCAUCGUAUGUCCCGCCGCCCCCUGCCCCGGCCCGACCCGCAGGGGGGCAGCCCCGGCCUGCGCCCGCCCAUCUCGCCCUUCUCCGAGACCGUGCGCAUCAUCAACCGCAAGGUGAAGCCGCGAGAGCCCAAACGCAGCCGAGUGAUCCUGAACCUGAAGGUGAUUGACAAGGGCCCGGGCGGCGGGGGCGCGGGCCAGGGCACCGGGGCGCUGGCGCGCCCCAAGGUACCAUCCAGGAACCGAGUCAUUGGCAAGAGCAAGAAGUUCAGCGAGAGCAUCCUGCGCACGCAGCUCCGCCACGUCAAGUUCGGCGCCUUUGCUCUGUACAAGCCCCCACCUGCCCCACUGGCGCCCCAGUCCACCGGCAAGGGCGAUGGUGCCGCUGCCACUGCCGCCGCUCCCAGCCCGGGGCUGCUCCUGGCCGCCCCCUAUGAUGCCCGUAGCUGCACACCUCAGUCCUCCUCCGACCCCGACGAUGUGCCCCCGAAGCUGCUCCCCGAAACCCUCAGCUCCCCUGCGCCCAACUGGCGUGAACCCGGGGUGCUCGACCUGUCCCUCCCUCCUGAGGCGGUGGUGGCCAGCAAACGAGUACCCGCCGAGGUCACUGCUGCUGCCGGCCAGGCCCUUCCCGCAGCCCCUGAGCCCGAGGCCGGGGACUGGCGCCCGGAGAUGUCGCCCUGCUCCAACGUCGUGGUCACCGACGUCACCAGCAACCUGCUGACGGUCACCAUCAAGGAGUUCUGCAACCCGGAGGAUUUCGAGAAGGUGGCUGCGGGGGUGGGAGCUGCUGCUGCAGGAGUGAGCAAGUGAGGGGGCUCCCCCAAGGAGGGGGGCUGUGGGAGCGCCCUCCUGCCUCAAGCCACUCUUGCUCCCACCCUCCCGGCCCUGCCCUCAGCCCUCUUUUGCCUGUGCUUUGCUUGUUUCAAGUGGCUCAGUGUUCACCUAGGGGCGGGGCUGGGCCCGGGGAGCCCCCCAAUAGCCAGUGGGUGGGUGCCAUCUGAGGACUGGGCACAGCUGGGGGAGGGGUGCCUGAAGUGCGCCCUCUUGGGACCGCCCCUGCCCAUGCACAGCGGGGCCUGCCUGGUGGUCUGGGGAAGCCCCAGGUUUUGGGACUCACCUGCUGCUUCCACAUCCUGCCCGUUUCCCCAGCCCCACCAGCUUGCUUUCCGCAUCCCUGUAUAGCAUCUGCUUUAUGGUGCUAAGCCGGCAGUCUUGGGGGCCCUAGGCAGCCCCACCCAGGGUGGGUGUGGU